UGAGAGAGGCGGUGCGUAAACAGAGAGGGCGAAGAUGGCGUCGGGCAAGAAGGGUGGUGCGAAUACUAGAUUGGAGAAAGGUGCGAAUGGAAGACGCUCGUCCAAACACAAAGAGGGUCCAGUGGAGAGGACACAGACAUGGACAGAGCCUUGAACUCAGAUACUGUGAUGGACACCAAGGCGGUGUUUGCGGCCGUGUACAGCGUCUGCGAAGAAAAUGCUGCUUUCUUCUCAGGAGGAGCCAAAGGGUCGCAGGGUGACGCAGCACGCCGUCUGGUGGAGGCCAUGAAGCUGAUCCAGGAGCAUGCUCGCAGUCUGGAACCUGUUAUCUCCGGCUUUGCUGCUGUUUACCAUCAUUUUGAUUUUGACCCACACAUACCUGCUAAUGGCUAUCGCUCUCUGGUCAAGGUUGUGCGCUGCUGUCUUCUUCAUAUCAUCCACAAGGGGCGCUACAUCACAACCAGCCGCCGCAGCAUCUUCUUCAGAGUAGCACAUAAUGCGGGGGAGAUGGAGGCAUACUGCAACGCUCUGCGCCAGCUGCGUGCCCUGCUUUACCUGGCUCAGCGCAUGCUACAUGAUAACAGCCAUGGUAACCUCUUUUUCCAGGAUGAAAGUGGCCUCAGUGAGAGUUUUGUCCGCGAAUACGCAUCCAUGCACAAAGGGUGCUUCUAUGGCCGUUGCCUGGGCUUUCAGUUCACUCCAGCCAUUCGACCCUGCCUUCAAACCAUCGCUAUCGGCCUUGUGGCCUUUGGAGAAAACUACAGGCGCCAUCAGUCAGGAAUAGUGGAGGCAGGAGGUAUUGCACCAUAUGGUGUAGCAGCCAGCUCUCUGUUUAACUCGGGGAAGUAUGCCAUCGACCCAGAGUUGAGAGGGGCAGAAUAUGAUCGCAUUACCCAGAACUUGGAUGUCCAUUUCUGGAAGACUUUCUGGAACGUCACUGAGACUGAGGUUCUGUCGAGUCUUGCCAGUAUGACUUCCACUCAAGUUAAGGUGAACCGAGCUCUUUCUGUGCCCUCUGUGCCCUUUGACCUUCCCCUGGCGGCUAAUCACAGAGCAUCUGUAACCAUAGCUCCACCGUCGGCACACAUUGGCACUGCUCCUGUUCAGAUGAGACUCAUCUCUUAUGACUUACGUGAAGGACAGGACAGUGAAACUCUACUAUCUCUCUGCCGCUCUGAGGGGGGUGCUAUCUCUCUAUCACUGGGGCUGAAGACCAAGCGCCUCCCUUCUUCACCCUGCCUCCUGAUCCACUUUCAUGGGGGAGGCUUUGUGGCCCAGACCUCCAAAUCUCAUGAGCCGUAUCUGAAGAGUUGGUCCCAGGAUCUCGGUGUCCCCAUCCUGUCAGUGGACUACUCUCUGGCCCCUGAGGCCCCCUUCCCAAGGGCCCUAGAAGAAUGUUUCUAUGCCUACUGCUGGGCUCUGAGAAACCACCACCUACUUGGAUGGACUGGAGAGAAAGUGUGUCUGGCCGGUGACAGUGCAGGAGGCAACUUAUCAAUAACAACAUCAAUGCGCGCUGCUGCCUUUGGUGUGCGGAUGCCAGAUGGCAUUGUGGCAGCCUAUCCAGCUACCCUGCUGACGGCCUAUGCAUCACCCUCCCGUCUGCUAACACUUAUGGAUCCCCUGCUGCCGCUCACUGUGCUCUCCAGGUGUCUCAGUGCCUACGCAGGCAAUGAGCCGCAGACCGAGAAGCAAGUAGCAAAGGUGAGCACACUGAGCCUGGUGAGGCGAGACACAGCAGAAAUGCUGCGAGAUUUCCGACAGGGAGCCUCCAACUGGAUCCAGUCUCUUCUGGAUCCCAACAGAGCCUCAGCCUCUCCUAGCACAAGUGCAGAGCCACCAGGAGCCACAGAUGCAGUGAGGAAGAGCAUUUCAGAGGCAUCCAUCUGUUCUCCUCACGCUGACCCCCCUGUACCCACAGAGCCCUCAGAGUUCCUCAGUAGGAAAUUAUCAGUGAAGAGCCAGACUUGCCAGGACUUGGGAUCCCACAACAAUGCCAUGCCCCACUGUGCACCGCUGCUCUCUGAGCGCACUCCAGAAGAUGUGAGUUUCUUUCUCACCAAGGACGGAGAAACCUCCAUGUCCAGUGACCUGUCUUCACUGGCCAUACCACCACCCGAUACUGGAGAGGAGGGAUCACAGCUGGAGCACCGCAGGGAGUUUCCUCUAGGGUUUGAACCACUGCGCUCAGAGCAGCUGACUGAGAUGAAGGUGGAGAGCUCUCCAGUGGUCAAGGAUCCCUUCUGCUCACCUCUUCUAGCCCCUGAUAGCAUGCUAAAAGGGUUGCCACCGAUACACAUAGUGGCUUGUGCAUUAGACCCCAUGCUGGAUGACUCUGUGAUGUUUGCCAAGCGUUUGAGGAACAUAGACCAGCCUGUCACUCUCUGUGUGGUGGAUGACCUCCCCCAUGGCUUCCUCAGCCUAUCGCAGCUCUCCAAGGAGACGAGGGAAGCUGCCUGCGUCUGCGCAGAGCGAAUUCGUGCCGUUUUCACCCAGGACACACCCCCAGAACCACGCAAGCACCGCAAGCUGGAACGAACCGAUAGGGGUGUGUCGGCUUCUUCUGGGGAGAGCGGACCUCUUUUUGUUGGCCCCGCUGAGGGAGGAGAGCUAGCUGUCAAGAGAGGAGCUAAAAUUGCUGAUGGGGAGGGUUCAGUUGCUGUGGCAGCCCAGAAUAACACUGACGCUGGUGGCAUCGGGGCUUAAAUAAGGUUAGAUAAAAAAGUGUGCUUCAUUUCACUGAGGAGGGAAAGGAGAAAGAGUAAGUGAAAGUCAGACAAAUUUAGGCAGUGCGAUGCCUAAGUGAGAGACGAAGAAAGCGUCUUGAAAAGCAGGAGGUGGGGAGGAGCGCCAAAAUAUUACUCCGUCUACUUUACAAUUCUUGCCAGUUGUCGAAGCACCAACGCAGAUCUUGUAGACAAAACGAACACACCCACAAAAAACAUGUCCUGUCAUGUUUUAGAACAAAAUGAUCGUUUAGCAGCUACUUAGAUCAAAGACCAGCACUCACCCACCCACACAGCACAUACACUUAACAGAGCUGCUGUUAUGCAGCGGAGGCUCGGACAUAAAGCAGCGCAGAAGAUUCUUGAGACGAGGCCUGAAUGGGUGAUUCAUCUAGGCCAAGGCAGUUAUUGGAGGCCCUAAUCAGAUAGUGGUAGACACACUACAUGCUUCUAUGUAGAGUCAUUCCCAUCAAAACGGCCACUUGUCCUUUAGGGAGGCACUCUAAAUCACACUUAAUAACUGCACAUUGUGUUCUCCAUUAUGCCAGUUUGGCAGUCAAUACAGGUCACUUUGUGGAUAGUAACUCUGUUGACUCUCUCUCCUAAAUAGAAUUACAAAUCUACAACACGACUGUCUGAAUUGAUUUAUGUCUUUCUUGAGAUUCUGUUGCAGUUUUUAACCAUAUAAAUAAUCCUAUGCAGAAGUAUUGCUUUUUUAUUUAUAUAAAUGUUUUAUUGCUGUUAUAAUCCAUGAGUCACAGCAGGCUUUUUUAUGAUUUGUAUACUUUUAUUAUUUAAUGUAAUCUUAAACCGUUUACUCCUUGUUUUUAAAUAUGCUCAAUAUUUACCUCGGCUUCUUUAGCUGCAGCUGUUCUGACAUCCCUGGCCUUUCCAAUUAACUUCAUAUCCUACUCUCAGUAACACAUACUGAUCAGAUAGAGUAAAUGUAGGAUAUUCGCAAGGACACAGUGUCUGGAUUUUGCCUUGUGCUGACAUUAAAAAUACAAAGGCUGCAUUUUAUUGACUGUUAUAGUGAAAUUUGUGGCAGUGCACUGAAAUGCAUUAAUAUGAAGUACAAGAGUACUUUGGCCCUUUCUUUGCAAGUUUUUCAAAAGCAAUCAUAGCUCUCAAAUGUCUGAAAGAGACUAAUUGUUUUUAUUGUAUUUUGUAAGAUAGGAAACAGUUGCUCUAUAUUGUCAAUUCCAAAAUGAAUAAGACAGAGAGGAGUGGCAAAAACCCCAGCUCUCAGCUAUCAAUACACAUUUUAAACUUCACUGCACUGAUUUCCUCUUAGGUUGUCGCUGUUCCUCAGCAAGCGUUAUUGCUCACUACUUCUCUGCACAGUAUGCACUGUGUCAAAGUACCACUUCUCUCUGGACAGGGGUUUUCUGGCCUGAUAACCUUUUUUUUUUUUUUUUUUUUUUUUUUAACAAAUCAGAGGCUUUUAGGCAAAGCUCGGAGACCCUUACCAAGAAAAGCAAUUGCAAAAGUGCUGUGUAAAAGCCAUCGAACUUGUAUUUGGCCCAAAACAGUGGCUGGUGGUCCAGAUAUUUUUACUCCUCGCCGUCACAUUUGGGGUUGACUUUGUUUUUGAUUACCUGAGGACACUCUUCUGAGCGUGUUGCCAUCAAAGCACUUUGAAGUACACAAAAAUGUCCUUCGGAGGGUCAGUCCUUCUAUCAGGUCCAACUAAAUAUAGAUGCCAACAAUGCUGGCACUGUCCUGCCCUUGCGUGGUAACAGGGCUGGGGUUGCCAGGUCUGUAGAGAGGGAUGCUGUGUGAUGAAUAGGAUUUAGCUGAUGCUCGGAGUGCAAAAUCCUCCCUGUGUAGAAGAGCAGGAUUUUCAACAGCAAAGUCAUGCUACAGGAUUAGACCAUACUCAGUUCUGUCAGCUUGAAGUACUUACUGCAAUAUUUUUAGUCAGAUUGAUGGAGAGAACCAGACCCAAGAAGAGAAAGAAAGUUAUACACUCACUCUGAGAUGUUGGGCUGAAGUUUGUACUUCCGUCACUAUCCGCUGUUUAUGCUCACCGUGCACUUUUGCAGUAGUUGGUCUGUCAGUCAGUAUAAGUUUAUUUUAAGCUGAAGCUUAUAUACACGUGAUUUUUUUUUUUUUUUCCUUUGCUUGAGUUCUGACUCGAGUCAAGUUUGUGUGUGCACGUUCACAUGAACACAAUAGUCUCUGGCCUGCAGGGAAACAUGAGCUCACACAUUGAUUUGCCCUCUUUGUGUCAUGCUCACAGAUCAAGAUAGGAAUGGAACUUUACAAUUAAGAGUUAUUCAUCGUAUUGUCUGUUGUUGAGAACACCCACUUUGUGGUAGGACAGAUUUUAUAGGACAGCUGUGUUUGUCGAUGAUGUACUCCAAAUCAGCUUGAUUUUAUUGAUACUUAAAACACAACUGCAUAUGUAGUACAGCGGAGUUGAUUGGUCAUUAGCACUUUCUUGCAUAAAGCUAAAAAAAUUGUUGAAUUGUGUCAAAUUCAUGUACUUGCUGUGUAUUAGCCUUCAUAUGCCUCUCCCCCUUUGUGACCGGUCACGUAUUAGUCUACCCUGAGUGUAGACGAUGCACCGGAGAGCUCAUCUGUUGUUUUGGUCAGAUGAUUUUGCUACUUUUAGUUUAUGCUGUCUGUAACUUUGAGCUGGCAUUUGGUUGAGUUUUAUUUUAGUGUGUCUACAUCAUAAUGUCUGUGUCGAUGAUUCACUUGUUGGUGAGGGACUUUAGAACUGCAAAUAUUCCCUGUGAGUAAAACAGCUUGUAGUAGUUCAGAGUAAUACUAAUUUUUUUAAAAAUAUUCAGCUCUCAAGAUAUGCAGGAUGCCUCUGCAGUUUUACUCAUCAAAAGCUAUUUUAUUAGAGAUUUUCCUCGCUCCAGGCUGGUUUCCAUGAUGUGCCAUGCAAAGUGCAAUACUGUUGCAAACCUGAGCUUGCUGCUUCAACGGUCAGGGCAACAUUUACGGUAAAGCGAUGCAGCUACACACAAGCAUCGCUUCAUUUUUCUUCUCACAGUCUCUGCUUCUUCUGGUAGAAAUGUGGCACUUCUGUUUAUUGUUGUACAAUGUUUGUGAAUCACCUUAAGCUUGGACUUUACAGAUAGUAUACCAACCCAUAUACAGUAGCAUUUGAUUUAGGGUAUUUUUAAGAAUCCUUGAAGCCUGCUUUUACAACUGCCUCAGCAAGUUAAACUGACCUCAAGCACUUCUUAGAAAUGUUUCCUUUUGAUAGUUAGAUAUUCUUUGUUUAUGGUCAAAAUUUCAAGCAGAACCAAAGACUACACCUAGAAUCUUGAUGUACAGUCCUUGCUGUUUAUUGUUUGCUGUUAAAUGUUACCACUGUAAAUGCAGGUGCUGAUCAGUGUCAUAGCCUAUCUGCACUCCAUAUGCAAAUUGCACCGCAUCAGUUCUGAUGUAGAAUAUUAUUAGCCUUUAAAAAAAAAAAAAAAACAAGCCAUAGACUGGAAAAGUAUGUAUUAAAUUUACUUGUUUUUUUAAAUUAUCUUUUAUUGAAAACACCACAAGUGCAAACCUGUGAAUAAAAAAGAAUGUAUAUUAAAUGUGAAUCAUUUAAAUAUGUUUACUUUCAGAUUUGUUGAUUCCAGUUUGUUUUGAGCGGACUGCAUUUUCUUUGAGGGUUUCAUACUAGAAUGAUGUUUGAUGCGCCAUGACAAGGCUUUUUCCUUUUUUGAUUUAUAUCUAAAUAAAUAUAUUAUCCCAUGAA